CAACAAGGUAAACCGUGUAGCCUAUUACAAGGUUAGCUUUCUCUUGGACCAACGACUUUUUAUUUGAGGCUUGGACUUUGACCAACCCACUCGCCACAACCGAGGUGAAAUCAGAUGUAGCAUAGCUAUAUAGACUAUACAAGAUAUCGAUGUGACAUGAUGAGUUGGUGGGGACAUGGUUAAAAGAGUUGAAGCAAUGCUAAAUGUAGAUGAACUGCUCGGCUGCAUCGGAGACUUCGGACCCUAUCAAAAGCGGAUCACAGUACUUGGAUCCCUCCCUGUGUUACUUUUUGCUUUCGUGCUGGUCGGCGUCGUGUUCCUCGGAUACACUCCAGAUCACUGGUGUCGGUCUCCUGGAAUAGAUGACAUUCAGGAGGAAUGUGGAUUGACAGAGAGCCAGCUGAAGGAACUGACCGUGCCCCGCAAGGAGGGGUCAGGCGACCUCAGACGCUGCCAGAGGUUUGCGGUGGACUGGAACAACUGCAGUGACCUUAGCCGAUGGCACUUAACGACACAUUUCAACCAGACUGUUUCAUGCGACAGUGGAUGGGUCUUUAAUGCGACCCGCAAUACGAUUGUUUCCGAGUUUUCUUUAGUUUGUGAGGAUUCAUGGCUCAUUGGUCUGGCCCAAGUAUUCCUUGCUGCAGGUUUCUUCAUUGGCUCUUUUGUCAUGGGAUACUUGGCUGACAGGUUUGGCAGGAAGCCAUGUUUUAUUGUGUCAAUGUUUGGCCUUGGGGUAUCAGGAAUAGGUGUCAUGCUUUCGCCUAAUUACCCCCUACUGUUGUUCUUCCGGUGUUUGCAAGGAUUUUGUGGAAAGGGAGCAUGGACAGCCACCUACGUUCUAGUGAUAGAGUUCUUUGGAUCGAACAACCGGAAAUUUGUGUCUGUGGUAUUCCGUACCUUCUAUUCCGCUGGCAUGGUUAUUUUACCUUGCCUGGCCUAUAUCAUGCCUUCAUGGAAAAUGCUGCAGCUGGCCAUGACCCUACCCUCCUUCCUUUUCAUCUCGUACUACUGGUUAAUUCCGGAAUCUCCUCGCUGGUUGUUAUCCCAGAGAAAAAACAAGGAGGCCAUGGCUGUUGCUGAACGCAUUGCCAAGUGCAACAAGAGAACUCUCCCGCUUAAUCUCAAAGAGUUGGACGUUGUACAGGAGAAACAGGAGGUCAGUCGUCCGUCAAUAAUAGACUUAUUCAGGACAAGAAGGAUGAGGAAAAACACCCUGAUCCUCAUCUAUGCCUGGUUCACAAGCACUGUUGUUUUCCAAGGCCUGGUCUUGCGUCUUGGGAUUACAGGAGACAACAUCUUCCUAGACUUUUUCAUCUCUGCCGUAGUGGAGCUACCCACUGGUCUGAUAUUCUACCUGUUGGUAGACCGGAUGGGACGGCGCCCCCUAAUGGCUGUCUCCAACUUCAUCGGAGGUGUCUCUUGUCUUAUAGUCCCCUUCGUGCCCAUGGACCUCCUGUGGUUGAAGAAAACCAUAGCCAUAAUCGGGAGGCUGUCUGUAGCUAUUGGGUUUGAGACAGUUAACUUUGCCAACACAGAGCUCUACCCUACACCCCUCAGGAACCUGGGAGUGUCUGUGUGUUCCUCAGCCAGUGACAUUGGGGCGAUUGCUGCCCCAUUCCUGCUCUACAGCCUGGCCAGCAUAUGGCAAGAGUUGCCUUUGUUUCUCUAUGGUGCCAUGUCUGUGCUGUACAGUGGACUGGUGAUGCUGCUGCCAGAGAUGAGAGGAGUGGAUCUGCCUGAGACCGUGGAGGAGGUGGAGAUGUUGAAAUGGGGUAAGUAUAAGGAAAAGCAGACCAACAGAAAUGAGUCAGUUGUUGGCCCUCUGACUUCAACUCGCUAGCUGUGAAGAUGCUCUUCUGGAAUCCACUGGCAACUCUUAAACUCUGUCAAUGUUAUAAGCUACUGAGGAUACUGUGGAAGAAAUUGGAAUUUCCUGUGUGCUUACAUUAUUCACUAAUCAAUAGAACUAGUCAUUGGAUACUAGUUAGUAUGUUCUCAUGUGAGCUUGCUAUUAAUAAUAGUAGAUUGUGUCAGGUUAAUAGAUGUUCGGAGUCAGGAGAAAGUACUGGGUAAACGUCCCUUGUCAUGACUACAAGGAGAGCGCCAAAUAUGAUCUCUCUAGUCUGAGAGUCGUCAUGGGUUGUGAGCUGUGAAUCUCUUUCUCUGAGACUGUUGUAACGGCAUCACUGCCUGACUGUCACUAUGUUUACAUUCUUGUGCCUUAUAAAAGAUGGUCCUCAGGCCUUCUCAAAGGUCUGGUUUUCUCUCCCAAUCUGCAGAUUGAUCAUACUUAUUAAAAUCCAGAACUCAACUGAACUUAGUAACUCAAGAGAAGAGACAGACAAAACACUUUCUUCAUCAAUACACAGAGCUGUUGAAUAUAUUAAGGUUGAAUUUAGAUUUCAUGAGACCAGCCUUAACUCCUUUAUUCUAGCAAGAGAACCUCAAAUUAGCUCAAAGCUAACGGUGGCUAACUGUCACUUCUCAUAACAUACAAAAUAUGCAAAAGACUAAAACUAAGUCAUCAUACAAAUCAUUAUAAAAGUACACUAACACUAUUUCAGCUAUUGAAAUAAUCUUGCCAUAAAUCGUAACGGAAUCAGUUAGUCGAAGCUGGCCCCAUGCUCAUGUCCAUGAGCAAUUUACGUCCAAGAAACACUCAAAGCUCAUAGUCAAUCAGUUGAUGUGUCUCAUCCUUCCUAUAUUGAUCCAAGCAGACAAAGUCCCUGCCACCUGACAGCAAAUGGUCCAACCAAGGUUACCAACUAGGGUAACCUAGUUACCAACUAGAGGGGUUGGAGGGGAUAUUAUAUUAUUGUAUAUUAUUAUUAUUGUAUUAUUGUAUAUUUUAUUAAAUUCUAAUUACACUUAGUGCUGCUAGUUUAUGUACCCUUAGUAUAGAUAGUCCACAUAUUUAAAUUUUAGGUCCCUAUAUGUUUAUUUUAUGCACCUUCCUGCCAAAGCAAAUUCCUUGUCUGUGCAAACUUUCAUGGCGAAUAAAUCCCAUUCUGAUUCUGAUUCUGAUAAUAGACCAGUAGAUGAGAGUGGUUGGGUGAAUUGAGUUAAUGCUAGAAUAGUCCCAGGCUGCUGCUAUGUGUUAUUCAGUGGGUCUGGAGAGUACAGGUGCAGGAGGAAUCUUGGUUUUUCACGUCUCAGACCAAGUAUAGAAACCUGCAUCUGAACGAAUGAUACCUCGUCUGACUUUAUGAAACUUGAUUGUUGAAAUCAUAAAAAACAAUUUGGGGCAAUAUUUCGAAAGUUUAAAAAAGUUCAGAGACACUCCUGCCAAGAUGUAUUUCCCCCUGUUUUAAUAUGUACAUGGAGUACUUGCUGAGCUAUAAUGUUUAUCUGAUUUCUUUUUAUAUGACCUAUUCUGCAAACACUGUCUAGGGGCCCUUGUCAGCUUGUCCAAUAGGAGGGUAGAAUAGAGAGCCUGUUUUCCAUCAAAGGAACAUGUAUUGCAGCCAUGGCCCUACUUCUGCCCCAGUAAUGAUGCAGAUAUUGAACCAGGACGUUAGGAGGAAUAAAACAAUAAUUGGAUACAUUUGCAUUUUCAACAUCCCAAUAGCCAUUUUCCACAUCCAGAGGACAAUAGCCUUUGUUUUCGCUUAAAGAAAAUAAUCAUAACAUAAUUGUUGGUUGGUGUAUGUCGAGGUCUUUGUUCCAUCGUGAAUAACCCACACAAGCAUCACUGCCAGUGACAAAAGAUGGCCUAAAUAAAUGGCCUUGAUUGAAUAGGAAGACGUGUAACAUGCAUUCUAGUGAAAAUCCCUGAUAUGAAUGAGAAGCAGUGUUUUCUCAAGCAUGACUCGCCCUGAUUCUGCAGCAGAAGGAAGGACUGCACAGAGCAGUGGGCUAGACCGCAGUAAGUUCUUCAACCCAAAGUAUGCAGAAGUUUAAGUUGGCAAAAUGUACCAAAAUAAUCACUAUAACUUUAUUCUUUCCUGUUUUGUCCAAAAUGCUGUGUUCUCCAACCUGUAUCUGUAUUAUAUAU